AUGAAACUCACUCUCGGAGCCCUCUUCCUAGUAGCUCAAGCUACAACCGUCUUCACAGCGACGCUGGGUACAAAUUUCAAAAAUGGAUCAGACCUCACUCUCGAGAAGCGCGAAGACUGCCCCUAUGUGGGUAAAUUCGGCUGCGACAAUGGCUGGUGCUGGGGCCCUUGCGGGUCGGGUCCAGGCCAAGGUCGAGGAGGGUGGGCUUGGUUGCAGAGCUGGAAAACCCUCGAAUGGGCCAAGUGCACGAACGAAAAUUAUAUGGCCGAGUGCGAUAUAGCAGCUCUCCAGAUCCCCGAGGGUGCUGAUAAGGAUUAUGGAACUGGAGAUCAGAGUUGUCACUGCUAA